AUGUCUUCUACUCUUACCGAAACCGUAACCUCGCCCGCUCCCCAAGUAGUCAGAGUGGCGGAUGAACAGGAAAGUAACCUGCCCCCUCUCCCAUCAACAGAGGACGACCCUAAUUUCCAAUCGAUUGCUCGUGGAAACCGUACGGCCACGUUGAAGCUGCGCGGCAUCCCGACCUUUAAAGAUCUAUAUGCGCAAAGACAGUGGAUGAAGCAGCACAUGGCUGCUGCAUUCCGGUUCUUUGGGAAGCAAGGAUAUGGAGAGGGUGCUUCGGGGCAUAUUUCUAUGAGAGACCCUGUUCUCAAAGAUCACUUCUGGAUCAACCCCUUUGCAAAGCACUUUUCCAUGAUCAAAGCAUCGGACUUGGUGCUUGUUGAUAGCGACGGCUAUGUGUGCGAGGGCGGCAACCAGGCCGUGAUUAAUGAGGCCGGGUUCAUGAUCCAUUCGGAAAUACACAAGGCUCGUCCGGAUGUGGUUGCUGCGGCCCAUACUCAUGGUGUUUAUGGCAAGACUUGGAGUGCGUUUGGGAAACCUAUUGAGAUGAUUAGUCAAGAUGCUUGCAAUCUGUAUGGAAAACUGAGCGUGUAUGAUGACCACGGCGGUGUUGCACUCGCACGCGAAGAGGGACAGGCGAUUGCCAAUGCGUUAGGAGAUAACAUGGCAUGCAUCUUACAGAACCACGGGCUAUUGACUGUCGGAAACACAGUCGAUGAGGCAGCAUUCCUCUUCUACAGUCUCGACAAAGCAUGCCAGGGUCAGCUCCUAGCUGAAGCGGCGGCUGCAAAUGGGAUUCCUAAAAAGAUCAUCCCCGAUCACAUCGCGCAGUACAGUGCGAAGACGGCUCAAAACCCGCAUAACCUCUAUCUGGAAUUCCAGCCUGAGUUCGAGCUUAUAGUGGAAGAGUCCAAUGGCAAAGUGCUCGAGUAG